CACGAAAUGGCUCAGGUCACGUGCUGCGUAAAUGGCAGGAUCCCCCCCCCCCGCCCCCCGUCAGGUUAAGGGCGCUCAGUGCUCUUGCUCUCCUUCUCACACCUAUUCAGACAGUUUGACCUAAUGUUUACAUCCGGUCGCCUCUGCUCUUAGACAACUGAGCUUCAAAUUGUACAACUAUAGUUAUCCCCAGGCAGCUGUUCAGAUCACAUUAGAACUGCAACCCUAAACCCCAGGAUGUGGGUAUUUGUAGUCCAACAACUACAUAGCUACAGGUCAAGGCUCCAUAGUUUAACCAACAUUGUACAAUGUAGUGUAGUUACAUAUGUAAAGAUCACACCCUGCUUUGGUUUAUGUGUCCUGUUGGCUUAGGAUGCUCUUCUGGUUCAGCUGUAAGUUUUGUGCCCAAGGGAUUCCUGCCAGCCAUGGCAGAGGAUUUAGAGACAAUGAAGCCAAGCCAAGCUCCCCAGCAGCCAUCACUCCCGCAGGGCAGCAGCAAGACGUACCGCAGUGCUGAACAUUCCCAAGCUCUUCUGAGUGGCCUGGUAGCACUCAGGGAUAGUGGGAUCCUGUUUGAUGUGGUCCUGAAAGUGGAAGGGAAGAGUAUAGAGGCUCAUCGCAUUCUCCUGGCUGCAUCCUGUGAUUAUUUCAGAGGGAUGUUUGCAGGAGGACUUAAAGAGAUGGAUCAAAGGGAAGUGCAAAUACAUGGCGUCUCAUACAGUGCCAUGUGCCGAAUUAUGGAUUUUAUAUACACCUCCGAUCUGGCACUGAGUGUUAACAAUGUGCAGGAGACCCUUACUGCUGCUUGUCAGCUGCAGAUUUCUGAAGUUAUCCAGUUUUGCUGUGACUUUCUAGUAUCUUGGGUGGAUGAGGAGAAUGUCUUAGAGUUGUAUAAACUAGCUGACAUCUUCCACUUGAACCGGCUCACUGAACAGCUGGACACAUUUGUGCUAAAGAACUUCAUCACUUUCUCCCAAACUCAAAUGUAUCGACAGCUGCCUUUGGACAAAGUGUUCUCUUUGCUUAACAGCAACAGAUUGGAGGUGGCAUCUGAGAAUGAGGUGUACGAGGGAGCUUUGCUUUACCACUACACCCCUGAGCAGUUGGAAAAGGACCAAGUGAGCUUGCUGGAAUCUCCGAAGCUCCUAGAGGCUGUGCGCUUCCCGCUGAUGGAUCUUGCAAUACUGCAAAGGCUACAUGAUAAGUUAGGACUGUGCCCUCUCAAAACAACAGUGUUGAAAGCUUUGGAGUACCACAAAAAUGAGAGCAUGCAGCCAGUAAUGCAGGGUCCCAAUACCCAGCUGCGCUCUGAAUUCCAUUGUGUGGUGGGUUUUGGGGGUAUGUACUCUGCUCCCUACACGGUCCUUAGUGAUCAGGUCAAGUACUUGAAUCCACUGCUGGGGGAAUGGAGGCCACUUACAGCACCUCAUGCGCCACGCAUGUCCAAUCAGGGCAUUGCAGUGCUCAAUAAUUUUGUCUAUCUUAUUGGGGGAGAUAACAACGUGAGGGGAUACAGAGCAGAAGCACGUUGUUGGAGAUACGACCCACGACAUAGCCGUUGGUUCCAGAUACAGUCCAUGCAGCAACCACGUGCUGAUUUGUCUGUUUGUGUGCUUGGGGACUUCUUGUAUGCAGUAGCAGGCAGAGAUUACCAUGAUGAGCUAAAGGAGGUAGAGAGGUAUGAUCCAUUUACCAACACCUGGGAGUAUGUGGCACCUCUGCAGAAACAGGUACAUGCACAUGCAGCGGCUGCUUUGGAUGGAAGGAUGUAUGUUGCCUGUGGCAGAAGAGGAAAUACCUAUCUAAAGGACACUUUCUGUUAUGACCCGGAGAGGGAUCAGUGGGCAAGUGUGGCCUUAAGCCCAGUAAGAAGAGCCUGGCAUGGCAUGGCAGCACUCCAGGAAAAAAUCUAUCUCAUUGGUGGGAGUAACGAUGAUGAAGGGUUCCGACAAGAUGUUUUAGAGGUUGCUUGUUACAGUCCGAAAACAGAUCAGUGGACUCUUGUCAGCCCUCUUCCUGCAGGGCAUGGUGAACCUGGUAUUGCUGUACUAGCCAAGAAAAUCUUUGUUUUGGGUGGAAGGUCACACAAUCAGGGGGAUCGAACAGACUAUGUGCAUGUGUACGAAGCAGAAAGGGACUACUGGGAGGAUGGUCCAAGGCUGGAAGAUGACAUUUCAGGAAUGGCUGCUUGUGUCCUCACCUUGCCCAGGUCUGUGCUUAUGGAUACUGAUGUGUGGACUCAGGAGAUGUACAUGCAGUACAUGGACCCUGUGCAAAAUUUGGCUGACAACGCUUCUGAAGUGAUGAGUGUUUCAGACUGGGAAGACCUGGAUAAUUCUGGUGAAGACUGAAAUCUUUCUUCAGUCAUGUGUAAGUGGUGUUGUACAUGGACUGAUUAUUCCUCCUUUCAAGAGCAUCUGGCACUUUUGCAAUGUGCAUGUUCUUUCAUGAGAGGGUUUAAUAAAGUGCAGGGAUUCAGGUUUUUGUGCACAAAAUGCCUUGCUCUGUUUUUUGCAGUGCAUUAGCUUUUGAUUUGAUUGCACCAAAUCCCGGUGCCUUCAAGACAUCUUCAUGCAGAAAUCCCUUUUUCUAGCGCUUUCUCUAGUGGGCUGGGCUGGCUGUUGCUGUUUGGAUCAUACUAAAAUAGUGACACCAUGCAGUGAGAAAAGAUCUUCUUAAUCUGCUUUAGGGAUAAGACUUGUUAAAUAAUAUUUGAAAAACUUGCCAAAUGUACAAAAAUUUAAUUUUAUUUCUCUUGUAUAUGUCUAUAUAUAAUUGUAUGUCAGCACAGUUGUCUUUUGCAUAUGGAAAGUGCACAGGGGUGGGGAUGGAAUGCAGGAAAGCUGGGGCCCUAGAUUCAUAACACACUACAGAAAUAAAGGACAUCCGACAUACUUCCUACCUGUUGCUAAAUUACUGCUUCCAUCCCUCUUGCUGGUAGUUGUACCUCAGCAAAUGCACUAUCUGCCUAAUAAUGUUACUUCUAAGCUGCUUGUUUGUGCACCAGUGUUGACAAAAUAUUGUGGAGUGAACAGGAAAAUAAACACAGCUUACAUGAAACUGCAGGGGGUAUUGCUGCCCAGUCUUGCACGAGGUGCAGUGAAUAUUAAUUGGUUACAAAAAAAAAGAUCUUUUGAUGAAUUGCCAAAAUGUUUUAAUGUAUAUUCAUUCUUAAAUCAAAUUUGAUUCUCUUCCUUAUAUUUUAGCAACAAAUCAUCUCAUGUUUAUGUUAAAAAAAGGCAAACAAAAAGAGUGGAUCAUGUCAUGUCCUUGGAAAUUAAAGGAACAGUAUCGGCAAAAAAAAUGGGUUAAAAUAAUCAAAAUAUAAUGUACAAUUGCCCUGCGCUGGUAAAGGUUGUUUUCUUCAGAAAGACUGCUAUAGUUUAUAUUAACAAAGCUGUUGUGUAACCAAGGGGGCAGCCAUUUAAGCUGGAAAAAAAGAAGAAAAGACACAGGGGUUACAUAGCUCUGUAGAAUACAAUUGUGUUUUACCGAGCUUAUCUAUUAUCUGCUAUGUAACCUGUGCCAUUUAGCCCUAUUUCAAUUAGAAUAGCUGCUGCUAGCUUUAAACUAUAGUAGGAUUUCUGAAGCAAACACACUAGUUUUACCAGUGCAUGUAUUUGAAUUACUUUGAUAUGCUAUCAUGUUUUGAUGUGACUGUUCCUUUAAGAUUUAAACAUAAUGGCAGCAGCAAAAACUUGUUUCAGUGGGCAUUGGUGAGAAUUGCCCAGGAUAUCCCUCUUGAUUACCCAUCAUGGCUCACAGGUAGUUUGGCUUUAAGUGUGCAAACUUGGUCUUAAGACAAAUCCACUGUAAAAAAUAUAUUAAAAUCAUGUUGUUUUCAUAA